AAGGGCUCGCGGAGGAAGAGGUGGCGGUAGCAGAAGGAAAGCGGUGCAGCACGGCGGCCGUUGAUGAGAGAAUCGAGCGGCGACUCCGAACCGCAACGGCAGCCCGCGAGUAGGCGCGACGAGCUUCAGCGGCGACAGCGGGUUCGAAUCCGCCUUUUUCCUCAGCAUUUCGGCGCCUGGGCCCUACCCUUUUCCGGAGGUGGCAGGUCCAGAGGGUCUGCCUCCGCCCCCCUGGCUGGGGACCCGGGGAGAGUUUGCAGAAUGUAAGAACUUUGAGUGAAAGUGAAAGACAGACAACCUCUGCUUCAGCAUGGAUACUGUUACGGUUGACGGGGAGCCUGAUAAAGCUUCGCAUCAUGGUGAGGUCAGAGACUUCCAGGGACCCUCAACUGUGGUAACAAACAACGAUGAGUCUCAUGUACUGACUCCAGGAAAGAUGAGCCAGCGCCAGGGAAAAGAAGGGUAUCUUACUCCAACCAAAGAACUGUUCCAGCCAUCACUUAGUCCAGGAACAGCCCAUAGUCAUGGUUUUGACAAAGGAAAAGAUGACACAUCGCAGAGUAAAGAUGAUUCCACUCAGUCUAUGUCAAAAAGCAAGUCAGAAUCUAAGCUUUACAAUGGCUCUGAGAAAGAAACUGCAACCUCUACCACCUCUUCCUCUUCUACAAUCAAACUUACAAAGAAGGAGUCCCUCAAGGUUCAAAAGAAAAAUUACAGGGAAGAGAAGAAAAGAGCUACAAAAGAAUUACUUAGCACAAUUACAGACCCAUCAGUUAUUGUAAUGGCUGACUGGUUGAAGAUUCGUGGUACACUGAAAAGCUGGACCAAACUUUGGUGUGUGUUGAAACCUGGGGUAUUGCUCAUUUAUAAAACCCCUAAAAAUGGCCAAUGGGUAGGAACAGUACUUCUGAAUGCUUGUGAACUCAUUGAACGGCCUUCGAAAAAGGAUGGGUUUUGUUUCAAACUUUUCCAUCCUUUGGAACAAUCCAUCUGGGCUGUUAAAGGACCUAAAGGUGAAGCUGUUGGCUCUAUAACCCAGCCACUACCCAGCAGUUACUUAAUCAUCCGAGCAGCUUCAGAAUCAGAUGGUAGGUGUUGGAUGGAUGCAUUGGAACUAGCUUUGAAAUGUUCCAGUUUGCUGAAGCGUACUAUGAUUAGAGAAGGCAAAGAACAUGAGCUGAAUUCAUCAACAGACGUUGCACAUGUCUCUCUCUAUGGCCUCCUGCGUGCAAACAAUGUACAUAGUGGUGAAAACUUCCCGUUAAAUGACAGUGAAAUGGAAAGGCAUCAUUUUAAAGAUCCAGAUUUGUAUUCUGAUAAAUCAGAUAAGGAAAAUGAUCAUGAUCGUGAUGAGUCAGACAAUGAUGGCUUGGGGGAAAGUGACUCUGACACAUCAGAACGACAGGAGGACUCAUACAUUGACCCAGAACCUGAUCAUGUCAGAGAAACAACUUAUUUGGAAGAGACUCAUGAAGAACUUGGGGAGGCAGGGGAAGCAUCUCAAACUGAAACUGUAUCAGAAGAGAACAAGAGUUUGAUCUGGACAUUAUUAAAACAAGUUCGUCCAGGAAUGGACCUCUCCAAGGUGGUGCUACCUACAUUUAUUUUGGAAACACGUUCUUUCUUGGACAAACUCUCUGACUAUUACUAUCAUGCAGACUUCUUAUCUGAGGCUGCCCUUGAAGAGAAUGCUUACAAACGUAUGAAACAAGUUGUGAAAUGGUAUUUGUCAGGAUUCUACAAGAAGCCACAGGGACUAAAAAAACCCUAUAAUCCUAUACUUGGUGAGACUUUCCGAUGUAUGUGGAUUCAUCCAAGGACAAAUAGCAAGACUUUUUAUAUUGCUGAACAGGUGUCUCAUCAUCCUCCAAUAUCUGCCUUCUAUGUAAGCAACCGAAAGGAUGGAUUUUGCCUUAGUGGUAAUAUUUUGGCCAAAUCCAAGUUUUAUGGAAAUUCUUUAUCUGCCAUUCUGGAUGGUGAAGGUCGAUUGAUGUUUCUAAAUAGAGGAGAGGAAUAUGUAAUGACAAUGCCAUAUGCACAUUGUAAAGGAAUUCUGUAUGGAACAAUGACUUUAGAACUUGGGGGAACAGUCUGCAUUGCAUGUGAAAAAACUGGAUACAGUGCUGCACUUGAAUUCAAACUAAAGCCAUUUUUAGGCAACAAUGAUAGUGUUAAUCAAAUACUGGGGAAAAUUAAACUGGGCAAAGAAGUUUUGGCUACUCUAGAGGGCCACUGGGACAGUGAAGUUAUUAUUAGGGAUAAAAAGACCGCUGUUUCAGAGACAUUCUGGAAUCCAACCCUUGAAAUCAGACAGCACAGAUUAAGAAGAUACACAGUGAAGUUUGAGGAGCAAAGUGACUUUGAAUCAGAGAAACUUUGGCAGCAUGUGACCCGUGCUAUAAACAACAAAGAUCAAGCAGAAGCAACACAGGAGAAAUGUAUUUUGGAGGAAGCUCAGAGAAAAGCUGCCAAAGAAAGGAAACUCCUCAAUGAAGAGUGGAUAUGUAGACUAUUUGAGCCAGAUGUACUCACAGGAGAAUGGAAUUACAAAUACGCAGAUACAAGACCAUGGGAUCCACUGAACGAUAUGAUACAAUUUGAAAAAGAUGGUGCCAUCCAGACAAAAGUCAGACAUCGGACACCAAUGGUUAAUGUUGCAAAAAUUAAGAGGUCUGCUACAUCAAAGAAAGGAGAGUGCGGUUUCUCUUCACCAGAACCUGAUAAUCAGGACUCCUCUGGAAGUGAAUCACAACUCAAGCACAGUACAAGAAUCCGGAAGAAGAUGGCAGACCUUGGAGAGUUGCAAAGUGCCAUUGAAUCUAUACGGGAGACUCAGGAAGAAAUUAGAAGGGACAUCAUGGCUCUGCGAACCCGAAUGACUUCGAACUCACCAACGCAAGAUAAUUUUUUUCAGCUCAAGCACUAUGUCUUCAUUUUGCUGAUGAUUCUUGUGCAGCUUAUCAUUAAUUACUGGUUUAAAUAGAAGGCUUGGGAAGAGGAAUACAUGAAAUGAGAAUGAUUAUGUUCUUCUGGGACCAUAUUUUAAGUUUCGGUUGACUUCAAAUAAUGCAAUAUUGUUCAAAAGACAAAAGAGACCAGAGGGUAAGAUUUAGGCCUUUGUUUAAAACAGUUGUGCUUAUAUGGACAAUGUCUGUGAUAUUCCGUCCUAGCCAGGUAACAUGGACAGUACGUAUGUGCCAGUACCUUACUCUUUGUGACUUUCAAAUGCCAGAUACCUGCCUUGCAUAUUCCUGUAUGUUGUAUGCUACAGCAAUAUAAACCAGUGCAGAAAAUGUCAGACUGGUUAUUCAAAGACAUAUUUUUUUCAUAACCAAAUAAUCCCCACUGGUGAUGUUGACAACACUAAAUUUAAUAGAAACUGGGAUCCUACUUCAUUUGGAAAUAUAAAUUGAUAUCAACUUGAUAUAUUCAGUUUUAUAAAUAAUAAAUUAUUCAGUUGUUCUUGCCAUUAAAAGGUAGUCGAUUACUAGUCCAUCAGCAUUUCAUUAAUCCUGUGAUAUUUCAGUUACUUCCUCCUUAACUGUGGUUUGAUUAGGAGACUUCUGUUAGUAGCACUAAUUGGUUAAGAAGAUGUAAGAUCCAUUUAAUAACCAUAAACUCCUCAUUACAAAUUAAAAACUUUUUUUAAAAAUUCAGACACAUUCAGAGAAAGUUUACAAUCAAAUGCAGGGAUGUGAUGGCUCCUGUUUGGGCGGAGAAAGGAUAAGCUCUUUGGUGACGGACACAGUUUUCUGGAUUGCACAUGAAACUCUUGUUAACAUUAGUAUUAUACAUUCAGUAUGAACGAGGGGCUUACCAGCCCAGUGUCAGCCAUAUGAAUGUAAUUAUUUCUAUAUUGUUAUCGUGUUAAUAUAUAGCUUAAAUUCAGGAAUGACUUCCACUGGCAGUUAGUUUGCCUACUGUAUGCCUGUUAACUAACAAUUGCUUUGACAUGCCUGAAGUCAUAACAAACCAGCCUGUUCUUAAAGAGAUUGAAAUACUGAUUUGCUGUUACAGACUUUUCUGUAAGUGACAACGGAUCUUAGGAAAUCCAGUUUGAUUGUUUAAAAAUUAAAUUCCAAAAGACAAAUCAGUGUAAACCCAAGUGCUAUUCUACCCAACACGUGGAUGGAUGGCAAAAUAAUAGGAAGUUCAAAUCAUUUGUUAUUGAUGUGCUUUCAUCGUGUACAUAAUCCUUCUCACUAAGACAUGUGUAUGUUUGGGCUGUACAGUUGGUCAGUUUAAAAUCAAAUUAUUCUAACAAGCUUUUUAAAAACGACUCAUACACCCUAAAGUUAGUAAAUGGAGCCUAUAGCAAUAGUAAUAAUAAUGUAGUGAGACAUGUCUUUCUUAUUCAUAUUUGCCUAUCUCAAGCCUGUCCUCUAAUCUUACCUGUUUAUACUGCCUUGUAGACGUCUUGCCAAAUCUUUCUCUUUAAGGAUUAUCCAUAAAUACCCAGAGCAACUAACUUUGCACGUUCCAGGAUAAGAGGGGGUUUCCAAGGUGCCGCACAAGUAGAGCAUAGUUGUGCACAUCAAUCUGUGCAGCCAUGAUCCAGGUGCUUUGUAGAUGGGCUAAGAUGCUGUCCAUGCUUGAUGAUAUGACGACAAGGGGAAGAAGGGGAAGGGAUAGCGUAGUGAGUCAGGAAAAGAUCGAAGGCAACACUAGCUCCUGUGUUUCAACUUCAUACUGAUUUGUAAACACUUGGAAAAUCGGCUGUAUAUACUGAAAAAAACCAUUGUGGUCAAACUUACAUUGUACUUCAGAAGAACUGUGACCCCAUUUGUAAAUGUACGCAGGCAUUCUGUGUCCUCUUUCUGCCUGCUUGUUCAUAUGUUUUCCUUAAUUCUUAUGCGAUAUGGAGCUACAAAAUAUAUUCAGUUGCUGUCUUUUUUCCAAGUGUUUCUAUAUGGGAAGCUUUUCACAGUUAAAUCACAGCAAUCUAAUCUACUCGUGUCUCAAAUAUAGAAAAGCACAGCUCUUAAAAGCCUGAAUUCCUACUUUGCUCCUUUCUGUUGAUUCCUCAUGUGAGCAGGAAAAAGGAAUUUAUUGCCUAAGUACUUUUUAUAUGGUUGAUUAUGAGUCUAGUUUAUUAAAUGUUUCUUCAUAUGUAAUAUUUAGCAAUGUGUAUAUGAUCUUAAAUUCUUUCAGGUAGACUGUUUUCCUCAUAUAGUUCUUUUUUAGAAACUGUGACUGUACAAUUUGUAGAAUUUUGCGGGCAGUAGCUUCCCUUCUGACUUGUGGUACUUAAAACCAAGCACUUAUUUUCUCACUUGUAUUUUUGUUCUUCCUUGUAUAUAAAUUGAAAAUACUCAGAACUGCUUGUUGUUGCCAUGUUUAUGGCUAUAUAUUUAAAAUAAAUGCACUAUAAGCCUUUAAUAUGCCAUGUAACCAUUAACAUACCUAAAGUAUAUUAAGUAUGUUGUGUAUAGUAGAAAAUAGACUUCUGGCAAUACAUAAUGUUUCUUGUAUUCCAUGUGUUGUUGGUUUAGUUUUACCGUCAGGGAUCCCUUAUAAGGGUACAGCAUGCUUGCAUUUUUGUAAAAAGUUCAUUCUGAUAGCAUACCCACUAUGUAUCGAAGGUUUUACAGUUCACUGCCCUCCUGUGCCUUUGGGAAAAUCCUCUUGCCAAUUCCAAGUUAAUGAAAUAACAUGGGAAUUAAACACAUUUGUCUUGUCUACCUUGAUAGUAGCCUUUUGCUUUUCAAACCUCUUACUCCUUCGUGGUUUUUAUCCUGUUGUAAAUAAACUACAUAACUGCUGUACUCUUAUAAGAGAAGCCACUGUGUUUCAACUUGAAUCCUCAGUUUUUUGGCAUUUUUGGACAGAAGGCCAUCAGAUACUUGAGUAUUGUAACAGUGCCUUGAUGGAGUUCACAGAGGAGGUGUGUAUAUACAAAGAUGCUGUCAAGCUUGUGCCAUAUCUAUUCAUGAACCUCCGUGAAAACUGUCAUUUCCAAUAUUUAUCAGUUAAACUUUUCCAAAAAGAUAUUGUAAGGGUCCCCCCCCCAAUAAAUAGUAAUGACUGAAUCCAACCAGAUCUCCAAAUUUUGGAGCAUGUUUUCUUAUAUAAUGAAGCUGCAAUGCUCUGUUUGUGAUAUUACAGAAAUAGCCAUAAUAAAACCAUAACAUCACAGACAAAUUAUUUUGGCUUCACUUUAUUAUCUGGGGAAAACCUUUGUGAACAAAAGUGUGUGCGGGAUGAGGGGAGAAGAAUGGCCCGAAGAGCGCAAGACAGUAAGGUGGUUCAACUACUGUGGAAGCUUGGGAAAAAUAAUACCUCCACCCUAAUCAAAUGGCUUCGUUGAAUCACAAAGCAUAUUUAGUGAAUUUAAAAUAUCUGUGCUUUGGCUAAAACUUGGAAAUCACUUUUUUAAAUGUAUAGCCUUCUUUAAUGUCAACACAGUUUCCUCAAACAUAUUUUUAUCCUUCUCCCAUCUUUUUAAAAAAAUUGCUUCGAGUUUUGUACUGUUACAUAUUUUUUAACUGAAAACGCCGCUAAAGUUCUAAAGGUGUAAGCAGGUCCAGGUAUUCCAAAUUUUACAAGCUGGCCAUUUGCUAAAGCUCAGAGGUUAUAAUAAAGAUAUAAAAUAAAAUUUUACCACUCCUAUUAAAUAUAUGUUGGAAAACUGAUUCCUGUAAGUUUUGUGUCUGGAUAUCAUGUAAAAUAGCAUUGACUGUCACUUUAUUGUGCUAUGGUGUGUUUUUGGUUUGUUCGUUUGUUAAAUCAUGCUGCCUGCUGUAUGAUAAGAGAAACCAGUAAUUUAUUUGAAAAAACUGGGAAUUGUGUGUUGCAUGCAUAAUUGUACAGCUAAGUUCAACAACAUCUAAAAGGCCAUUUGUAAAUUAAAGUUGCACCACUGGUCAUAGUUUUGUACAAUUAAAAAAUAGAAUAAAGAGCUGUGAUUAAAGACA